AACUGAAGUGUCCCAGUUCAGCUGUCGCUGCGACGGAAGGUUUGAGUGUCGGACCUGGUCGUCCUUCCUCCCCUCAUCUUCCCCUUGGUGGGAAGGUUCACAGUGGGUGGUCGUCCAGCGUUGAUGAAUGGCGGGUGAGUGACUGAAAAUACUGCAUUUUCCGCCAGCAGUCUGAAUCUGGGAACUCUUUCCAAAGCAGCUUGAUCUUCCGUAUUUCAUUCUGCGUUGCGGUUCGCGGCCGCCCAGCCUCUCGAGAGAACAGUCAUCACACCAUGGCAGGCAUUUUGUGCUUGCUAGUUCAGAGGCACCCGAGCAGACUGCAGACUGUGACAAAAGGUGUGGAGUCUCUCAUUUGUACAGAUUGGAUUCGUCACAAAUUUACCAAAUCAAGAAUCCCAGAUAAAGUAUUUCAGCCCUCACCUGCGGAUCAUGAAAAAUACGGUGGGGAUCCACAGCACCCUCACAAACUGCAUGUUGUUACCAGGAUAAAAAGUACAAAACGACGUCCGUAUUGGGAAAAAAAUAUAAUAAAGAUGCUUGGAUUAGGAAAAGCACACACCCCUCAGGUUCACAAGAAUAUCCCUUCGGUGAAUGCCAAACUGAAAGUGGUUAAACAUUUGAUAAGAAUCCAGCCCCUGAAGUUGCCACAAGGCCUUCCAACAGAGGAGAACAUGUCCAGCACGUGCCUCAAGAGCACCGGGGAACUGGUCGUGCAGUGGCACCUAAAACCUGUGGAGCAGGGCACAGAGAAGUCCUGACACCAGAGCAGCGCAGGUUAACAGUGCAAACCGCUUCUACUUAAUGGUGGGGAGAAAGUGUGUUCCCUACAAUGUAUUAAAUCCCAGUCAUUUUCACUGA